AUGGUAAGGGACCUGCACUUUGCCUUGGCCCUGCUGGUGCUGCAGCUGAGCACCCUGGAGCACCUCGAGGCCUGCACAUUCCUAGCAAAGCUGCAGCGGGAAAACCUGCUGCUGGGAUUGACCCAGGCGCUGCUCUGGGGACCCUGGCCGGAGCUGUGUGGCCGUGGAACUGCUGGGCCCUGGCUGCGGGUGUGCCAUGCUCUGCUGGUCCUGCACCUAGUGGAGCAGGCCACUGGUGCAGAGGAGCUGAACCUGAAGGACUAGCUGAGCUGUGAAUACCUGGCAGAGGCCAUGAAGGCCUCGCUGGGCCGCACCCUGGCACUGCUGUGGGACUGA